AUGUUUAAUAAUUACGAUAAGCUGGCAAAGAAUGACGCCCUACUCCAUAACCCGGCGUUUGCUAUGAAAAAGAAGGAGGCAUUUGACAAGUUCUAUGCUCGAUUUUCAGCUACCAUUGCGCCAUUGAACUACAGCGAAAGUCACAAGAUCGCUGCACUACGAAGACUCAUUACUCUCAAGCUCCGGUCACGAAUCGCCGGCCCACAGCGAUCACCCUAUUCGGAACAGCUGAAGGAUCAGCUGAAGAAAGAAGGCCGAUGUUUCAAAUGCCUUGGCUAUAGCCACCGGCCCAAUCAGACUGAGGCAUACAUGGCCUCAAAGGCAUUGUCGUUUGAAGAGGCAAAGGCCAUUAUGGCCAAGGAAAAGGCUGUGGAGAAGGCUAUGGAGAAGCAAUGA